AUGAAUCGUCUUCUUGUACGACGUUGUAGUAUGUCUUCAAUUCAGGAGGAAGACGAAUCGGAAACAUUCGAUGAAACAAUAACAGAAGUAGACAAAUUACUAUCCCUUUCAUUACGACAAGAACAAUGCGAUCGUUCAUCAUCAAUUUCUGAGUGGGAUUCUGAAUUAUCUGAAUCUGAACAAGAAUUUGACGAUAAUAAUGAAAAUCCAGAAGAUAAAAGUGAAGAACAAGCAGCGAAUCGAGCAUUACAAAGUUUUAAACAAUCAUGUUCACGAACAUUACUUGUCAUUGUUAUUGUUUUUAUAGAAGAAGAAGAUUCAACUGAACUUGACGCAAUUUUAUCUGAAUUACAAGAUUUUAAAAUUGAAUUUGAAGAAAAUUCAAAUCUUUCAUCGUCACAACAACAAUUAUCAUAUCCAAAGCUUGAUAAAAUACAAAAAUCGACAAUGAAUCAUUAUUCAUCAUCGUCAUCAGGAAAAUAUUCGUCAUCGUCUUCUUCUUCUUUUUCAACAAAUGGUUGUGUUUAUGAACUUCGUACACUUGAAGAUCAACUUGAAGCUGCUUUAGCAAGUUUAUCAUUGACAAUAAAUGAUUGUGCAAUAACUAAUAUUGAUUCUCAACAACAAAAUUCAUCUGAUUCAAGUGCUUGUUCAAGUGGAGUUGGAGAUGAAAUUGGCAAUGAAUCAUUUCAUUUAUAUAACAUAUCAAAUACAAAUCAUCAUUCUGUAUCAUUAACAUCAAAAAUGACUACAACUACAGAUGAUUGUGAUUCAGCAUUUAGCGAUUGUGGAUCAAAUGAUAAAGUUAUCUUAACUAAUCAUGAUGAAUCGUUAAUCUAUCGUUCGAUGCUUCCAGUGACAGAUCCAAUGGAUGAGACACCGUCAAUUAUACUUGAUCAUGAUGAUUUAUUAUUAUCAUCUCAUGGUCGACAUUCAUCAAAAAUGCUUAUUCGUACAUAUAAUGAUGAUGAUUCAACAAAAAGUAUAUUCAUUGAUGAUUCAAUGUUAAUUCGUGAUGUUCUUUUUGUACUUGUUCAUAAAAAUCAUCGAGAAUCUGAUAUUAAUUAUGCUCUUGUUGAAGUUUUACCUGAUCUACAUAUGGGUAAAAGAAACAAAGAAAGAAAUCUUACUAAAAUAACUUUUUUUUUCAUUUUAAACUUAGAACGUAUUUUUGAAGAUCAUCAAAAAUUAAGUGAAGCUAUUCUUAUGUGGCCAACUGUUUCUUCAAAUCGACUUAGUUUUACUAAACGUCUUGAAAAAUAUAAUUUUUUUCGAACAAUUAAUUCAAAUGAUGAAUUAUCACAUACACCUGAUACUGAAGGAAAUAUUUAUUUAAAAGAAAAAUCUCGUAAAUCAUGGAAAAAACACUUCUGUGUACUUCGUUCAUCAGGUCUUUAUUUUAUACCAAAAGGCAAAAGCAAAAAAGAUCUUGUCUGUUUGGCAAAAUUUGAAAAUGUUGAAUUAUUUUUUGGUCUUGAUUGGAAAAAGAAAUUUAAAUCACCAAGUGACUUUUGUUUUGCAUUAAAGCAUCCAUUGAUUCAAAAGAAAAGCUCAAAAUAUAUAAAAUAUAUGUGUGUUGAUACAAAAAAUGAAUUCGAUCGUUGGAUAACAAAUAUUCGAAUAGCUAAAUUUGGACAACAAUUAAAAAUAAACUAUCUACUUUUGGAUAAAGCGAUGAAUAUUUAUCGUUCAUCAGGUCGUUUUGUUCCUGUUUGUGCUAUUCGUGCAGAAACACCAAUUGAACAACCAGAGAAUGAUGAUCUAUUUAUUCAUGAUUGUCGAACACCAAUUCCACAAAAUCAAUAUUAUGAAGUUCAUCCGUCGGUAUCUUCUAAUAAGAAUUAUAAUAAUGAUGAUGUGAAUGACAAUGAUAAUGAUAAUGAUAAUGAUAAUGAAAAUUCUCCGAUUAAAUCCGCUAGUUAUAUGGAUGAAUUACGUCAAAGACUUGAACGUGUUCUUAAUGAUUCACCACAACAAAGUUCAACUUCGUAUCAUCCUAUUCAAUCGUCAUUACAUACCAAAGAAACUAUUCAUCGGCCAACAUUAAUUCCUUCACCAAAAUUAAAAUCAACAAAUUUACAAUGUUUAAAUUCAACUGAAAAUUUAAAUAAAACAAAUAAUCAAAUAAAACCACCAUUAACAAUUGGUUCAACGCCAUUACCAAGAAAACAAAUGCAAUCAUUUGGAAGUUUAUCUUAUCGAACAAUAAAUACAACUAAUCGGCAUCAUCAACAACAAAUGAGUAAAAGUUUUAUUAUACCAUCAAAACGAGAAGACCAACGAAGUAACGAUUCAUUAUCUGCAACAUCAAAAUCGGAUUCACUUAAUUUAGAUAAUACAGAUUUUUCUCCUCCAUCAUCAAUUUUUCUUAACAAUCUUAAUAAUGCUAAUAAAAUAACAAAUCCAGUUAAAUCUAAACCAGCUAUAAAUAAUAAUAUCAAUACUAAUCGUUUAAAACAGCUACCACCAUUGAAAAAACCUAUAACGUCAUUUCGUACAAAUACUCAAACACAAUCAUCAUUACCUAUUAAAAAUGGACUUACUCCAUUACCUCCCAAAUUUUCAACUUCUAUAACACAAACAACUAAGCAAACUAAACCCAUAAAUACAUCAUUACCGAUUAGUUCAUUUAACAAUAGCAAAAGUACAACAAUAGCUGUUAAUAAUAAGCCUGUUCCACCUGUCCCACCACGUAAGUCAAGUAUCCCACGUCCAGGUUUGAAACCACAACCACCACAACGAAAUUCAUCAACAAAUCUUCUUCGUAAACCACAUGUCAGUCAUUUAUGA